UCUGUUUUGGCGGGUUAAAAACAAUGACAAUUAUUGCUUUGGAAUAUUGGGAUUUUCAGAAGUUUGAAAAUAUUGCGAUGAUAUAUGUUCCGUUUUCUAAGUAUUAAUAAUUAUAAUCUGUUUCCUAACUCAUGUAGUGAAGUAUAUGCCAUUGAGGAUCAGCAAAGAUGGAAAUAAGCAAGAACCAAAUUGCUAGACUUGUUUUGGGUUAUUUAAAAAGCGAAAACUGCAAAAGCGCUUUCAAUGAAUUUCUCCUGAAAUCUCAGUAUUUGAAGUCUUAUGCUCUGUUUGUGAAGAAUGGAAAAUACUUUGCGACUCGUGUUGGAGGUCUCACUCUGGAGGAUAUCUUAGCAGAGUACUCUGAUAUAGCUUUAAUUGUUCAAGGGAGGUUAGAGCAAACAGAUUACUAUGAGAAGGGUCAUAAAAUGAAACUUUCAGAACAAUUAACAUAUAUUCUGGAGAAUAAUUCACGUGUAUCCUCUCCUGCAUUGUCGAAAAAUUUGGAAGCUACGCCAAUUGAAUCUUUACCCGGUAAUUCAACAAAUAAUUCUUAUAAACCACCUACAUCAUCUCCAGGCAAAUCCACAAUAGACACUGCAUCACACAAUUCACCAGGGCCAUCUGAUGAUAAAGGUGAAAAAACAUUGGCUGAGCUUGAUAAUCAAAUUCGAUCGAUAAAGCAGAAAGCGGAAAAGGAUCCAGUAUUUGAUAGACUUCUGGAAGAAAUCAUAGGGCAGAAAAAUGAAGCAUCUACUGACACUUCCAACAAUAAAAGCAUGGAAAAUAAUCGAACUACCACAAUCAUAGAACCCUCAACAAUGGGGCAAAGCUCCUCCGCCGUUCUGAGCCUGGAUAUAACGGAGCCCCAGUCUGGUCAGGGGCCGAAGAAAGCUAUCGGUAUGGUCCCCGACCCUCACGCAAUCGCACCGGUCUUACCGCAGCAGAAUCAAUUCUUCCUGACCAGUAACGGAGGGCUGCUGAUGUUACCUCCGCUGAUGGCCGCUUCCAAUUACGUGUUUUUGAAUGGCAGCCAACCGACGACUACCGUGCCCGCCAGCAAUCCGUUGACAGAGACGGAUAUCAUGAAGAUGCCCACUCUGUUGGUGGACGACUGUUCGUCGGCACAGCAGACGCUUAUGCCAACACAAACAUCCCAGGCGGCGGCGCAUCAGUCCUCCCAUCCGCCGCAAAGUCAACUACCCGUAAUGGUGACCCAAUCCCAGAUAAUAGUGACGUCCAUGCCGCAUCCGGUGAUGUCGUCGCAGAUCUGCACGUCCAUCGCCCCGAAACCGAAAACUCUGAAGACCAUAGCGCCCAAGGCGACCGCCAAGAUAACCCUGGCUUCGCCCGACGGCGAUUUUUACAAGGAGAUCGACAAGAACGAGCCACCCGCCGAACCGCCGGCGAAACCAGUCGGUCGCCCCGGACUGAGAAAGAGGCCGGCCAAGAACAAGGAAAAUGCGCCGCUAGCCCGCAGUUCCCCCGUCAAAAACACCAGCGCGGACAAGAAGAAGAACAGCGCCAAGAGUCUGUUCCCGGACAAAGGUACGAAGAGUACGUGGGACUCGGAGUUGAGGGAACUGCUGGUGGUCAAGGAUAGGGCGCGGGAGGACGACGACGACAAGAUGGACGUCUCGUAUGACGACGAGGAACUGAAGAGGGAGGCCAUGUUGAUCGAAGCUGCAUUCAAGACUCCGGUGAAGGCGCAACCCGACCCGAAAGACGAGCCUAAGGAAGAGACCCCCGAGGAUAAGAAAGAUACGGAGGAGAAACCCCCCGACGACUCGGAGAUGGAGGAACAGGUGACGAUGAUCGAACAGACCGAGGUCUACCUGAGGAACUGCAACGGUCCGCCCAGGAUCAAGAAGAAGGUCAACCAGAGCGGCGCUACAGAACUGUUCGAGGUCGCCGAAGUGGUCGAGGAGACCGUCAAGGGGGACGCGUUGAUCGUCGAUAGGAAGAUCACGAUCCUGGAAACGCCGAUCAAGAGUGAACUGCCGAAAACCCCGGGUAAGACGUCGGAGAUGACGCCCUUCUCGAGGGCCAUCGAGGAUCAGUUGCAAGGCAUGGAUCUGCUGUCUAUGCCCACGCCGUCCGUGGUCAUACCCACCCCCGGGUUCCCGAUCACCCCGAACGUGGAUCUGUCCACGCCCGACCACCACUCGAACAGACCGACCGACUACUCGACCUCCAGCUCCUACUACCAACCGUCGGACAACGAACAGAACAAGUCCUUCGAGCUGAUGAUGGAGGAGUACCGUAAGGAGGGGAAGAAGAAGGCGGAGGAGAAGAAGGUCGAAAGCGUGUCGGAGAUGAAGAGACUGUUCAAUAAGAACGUGAUAGGUCAGAAGAAUCUCAAUCUGAUGAAGAAGGUCUCGUCGGGUUCCGAGAGUAGCAGCAGCAGUAGUAGCAGUAGCGAUAGUAGCGACAACAGCGAUUCGGAGUCUGACAGCGACGCUGGAGCCAAGAACGAACCGGACAGCCCUAGGGAGUACAGUUUCAGGAAGAGAAACCCCCCGACCCCCACGGUCGAUUCCAAAGAGACCAAGAAGGUGGCUACGAAGAAAGAUAAGGCGAAGACCGUCAAGAAGGCGGCGGUUAAAACUCCGGCCCCGAGAAAAAAUCCUCCUCGAGCGAAAACGACGAGGAACGAGUCCAAGACCAGCGAGCAGUUGGAGAACGAAAACGAGGUAACUGACGACGAUUUCGCCCUACACCUGAGCACCGACGAAGACAGCGUCAACAAGGUAAACAACGAGAGGGGCGGGAAUAGGACCAAGGAAGAGGCCAGUAGGUCGACCCGUAAGGAGGAACCGCCCACCGAGGCGGCCAAACAGCUCAUCCAAGACCUGUACGAGAGGGGCAUCCACCUCUUACCCAAGGUUUCAGCCGAGGAGGAUAAACCCUCGACCGAGAAGGACCCCAACGCUUUGGAGAACCUCGACGUGAGCUCGGAGGAGGACGAGGCUCAGAAUCUGAGUCGCACCGUGAAUCCGGUAGAUGUCGCCUUCGACUGUAAGACGUUCGACGAGAAGGACCAGGUAAAUCUGGUGUACGAUUCCAGCAAGAGGAGGAAGAAGAAGGUGUACGAUCUGAACGUGUUGCAGAAGAAGAUCGAGGCGGACGUUUACGUGGAGUCGUUGGACGUGGAUCUGAAGAGGUUCAUCACUUUCACGCCCGCGGUUACGAUACUCGAGUAUUCCCCGAAGAAGGUGCCGGUUAAACGGAAAAAAAGCGUGAAACUGGAGGUUAAGACGAAGGUUAAGAAACAGGAGGAGGCGAAGGUGGAGAACGGACACUUGGACGGUAGUUUUAAGAAGGAGGAGAACGGGAAGAAAGUGUAUUCGAAUAAGUUGAGGAAUCGGGGGGCCAGCGACCAGAAACCAGCCGAUAAAGCGUCGGUCGGGGAUGGCGACGACGAGAAAGAGGCGGAAGCGACGGUAUCGGAGAGGUUGGAGGGUGAGAAGGAUGACAUGCCUAGUCUGGGUGAGGGAGAUGACGAUUUGAUGAAUUUCGCCGUUUUGGGAGGGGCGACGAAGGAGGAGGAGAAAAAGACGAUCGGGAAAAGUAGAGAGAAGAGAAAACUCAGUACGGGGGAGGAAAGUUCUCAACCCGAGAAGAAGUCCAAGACCGAGACGGAAAAACAGGCCCUGUUGAAAAACGUCAACGUGGAUUUAUUUCUGAACGAAUUGCACGGUGGUUCGAAGUCGACGAAAUAACGGACGAUCGUGCACCGCUCACCCAUCCGGGAUCGUUUAUUUUUCUCAUCUCUACAAUUCUUUUCGAAUCUUCGUCUUCUGUACAAAGUCGUUAUCGUUUUUAUACUAUCGGAGUGCGAUUAGUUUAUUAUUUCACCACGAGUAAUUUUGAGACUGUAGGUUAAGGCAAAGUUAAGUUUAUACUAUCCGAGUAAACCAUGUUUGUUGUUGACCUUGUGAUACUUUAUUCGAAUUUUAACUUUGAUCGAUUUAUUAUAAGUAGAUAGUAGCAUUUUAUAGUGCCCUAUAAUUUCGAAAUGUAUAAUAUACAAAAUAAAUACAAGUUUUUU